AUGAUAAAGCUGAAUCUUCCAGCGGAUACAAAAGGUUCUCAUGUGGAAGUUCUUAAAAGUAACUUAUCUCUUCCUGGUCCCGCUGCCCCGGGUGAUACUGUUUCGUCGUCGAGUAACUUAUCUCUUCCUGGUCCCGCCUCUGCCAACUCCGGCAAUACUCGUCCGUCGCGCGUGUCGACGCUUGACCUCAGUUUGUGGCUCGACGAGAUGAACGAGCUCAUGCUCAUGGUGCAGCACCUGAGCAACGGAUCCCGCUAUUACUCGGUAAUCUAUACCAAAUUCAGUGUGUUCAAGCCAGUACUAAAAGAUAAUUUUUCCAGCUUGUCGUCUCUACUCGUAGCUCAAAACUGUGCUCCCGAGCCCGAUUUUCAUGUUCUUACUGGUUGCAAAGCAUGGAUGUUGAUGUCUUCAUGUGGAAAAAGUCCUGAAAUGGAUGAUGCGGAAGAAGGAAACAAGAUCCAUAGCACCUCAACUGAAGGCAAAAAUGAUUCCUUUCCACAGAAACACUCCCAGGGCCCAGAAGCUAACAACAUUAACCUCCUUUUGCAAAAACUCAACAAUGUUCGAAAGCAACUCCAGCACCCAACCACCCUUAGAGGUCCAAGCUGUACCAGGGAAGGAGAUAUGGCCAUGCAGAUAGAAAAUGGUUAUGCACCUCCUGCUUUGACUAUCAAACCAGUCCAAGGGAAGACAUGGAAGAGAGCAGCUUCAAAAGUUUGCAGACUGGCCAGAGAAAGUGAAACAACACAAGUCAUUCCUUCUCCCAAGCACAACAAGAGAACCAAAGAAGAGAGCUAA